AUGCAUGCAUGCAUACAUCGGUUGGAAAACUGGCCCUUGCUUUCAUUCUUGGAGAAGCGGCAAGGAUGGGUCAGCUCUAGGGUUCGUGCCGCCUCCAGCCAGGGGCAGCGUCCUCGCUUUCGCAUCCCCGACUACCUCCACCUCGGCGACAACCCGGGUCAGGCGCCCCAGGCCGAGAGCUCCAGCAGCGGCGUAACCGUCGGGAGGUCGAUCUUCAACCUCAUCAAGAACGUCGUCGGGGCCGGCAUCCUCGCCAUCCCCGGGGGGGUUACCGCCUUCUCGCAGUCGAGGGCCGCGGUCGUGCCGACCGUCGCGAUGAUCGUCGCGCUGGGCGGGAUGUCGGGCUACUGCUUCAGCCUGAUCGGACGGGUGUGCGCCGCGACGGGGGCUUCCUCGUACGGAGACGCCUGGAGCAAGACCAUCGGCGAGAAGACGUCGUGGCUGCCCACCUCCUCCUGCACGGCGAAGACCUUCUUCGCUUGCAUGGCCUACUCGAUCAUCAUCGGUGAUGUGUUCGCCGACGUGCUGGCGGCCUUCGGAGCCCCCGGCGUGCUCGCUGCCCGCACCAACAUCCUCUGCCUCGUCAGCGCGUUGGUGCUCCUCCCCCUGUGCCUGCUCAAGGACCUGAGCGCGCUGUCUUACACGUCGAUCAUGGGUGUGCUGGGCACGGUGUACACGGCCGCUGUGAUGGGUAUCCGCUACUUCGACAACAGCUACGUGGAGGGAGGGCGCUUCUUCGCCGGCCUUGCCAAGGACGCCAGGCCCGUCUUUUCUGGCACAGGCGCGAUGAACUCGCAGGCUCUCAUCCUGGUGUCGAUGCUCUCGACCGCCUUUGUCGCGCACUUCAACGCGCCCAAGUUCUACGCCGAACUCAAGGACAAGUCCGUCCCGAGGUUUAACACCGUGGUCGGCUCCUCCUUUGCCGCGGCGAUUGGCCUGGUUGUGAUCAUGACCCUGUUCCCGUACCUCACCUUCGGCGGGGCCUCCAAGAGCUUCAUCCUCAACAACUUCGCGACCUCUGACCGCCUGGCGACGUCUUGCCGCCUUGCGAUCGCCAGCUCCAUCGUGGGAGGCUACCCGCUGGUGUUCAUGGGCGCCAAGACCGGCGCCCUGGCCGCCGUCGGCAUCUCGAACCCGACGGAGAACCAGCGUAAGGUGGGCACCACCCUGCUGCUCGGUUUUUUCACGGCUAUCGGGGUGCUCCUGACCGACCUCGGGUUCGUCGUGAGCUUCGGCGGCGCCGUGCUGGGGUCCGCCCUUGUUUUCAUCUUCCCGACCAUGAUGUGGAUCGCGCAGAGCAAGAAGGACGCCAAGUGGGGAAAGCCGCUCAAGGGAUGGCGCCGGGCGGAGAUCAUGGGCAACUACGUCAUCUCCGCUUUAGGCGUGGCGCUUGCGGUGCUGGGCGGCGGCCUCAGCAUCAAGAAGUCGUUCUUCUAAGACAGAGUCCUAUUCUUAUAGAAGCUUCUUGUAGAAGAUAUUUUUGCUACCACCGUCCGUUUGUGGCCCUAGCUAACCUCACGGAAGUACAAUACCUCUUCUGAGAGAUGGAUUCAACCCUCUCCCUCGGUGGGGUUUCCGUACGGGGGGUUCAGUAUAUCGAAGCGGGGGCGGGGGUAGUGGUGGAGAUGUUCUUGCUCUUUCUUCCUGGAGGAAGGGCUUUACUCGGCACAGAACACGGCAAAAACGUUGUCGCUCCUGUUUUGUGCGAGAAAAGGGUAUAGCUGAUAAGGUUCGUUUGUUGUGCGAGAGAACAUGAGACGCUCGUGACAUUGCUUCGUACAACUGGAUAUAAUUUGGCCAGUUUUCGGAAUAAUAAAACCCGAAAUGACCGGUCGCUCUACUCGAUAAGGAUAGUUCUCUCUGCAGUGACAAUAGAGAGAAAAUUCGCUUUUCGUUGAGCAAGCGGCGAGCUUGAACGGCGAAAAGGAUUUCCUUGGUUGUUCUCGAGAGAAGAAACGCAAGCGCCACUGUAUUUUUUAGAGCGUUGGAGAUGUAGUGUUUGUGGCGGGCGUAGUCUCUUGCUGUUAGCUCGAGAAGGCGCAUGUUGUCAUUUCUUCGACUUUUGUGAGAUCCAUUCGUGAUAGAACUACAUGUACCCCCCUGCACCAUACAUGAAUCUUACAUUGCCCAACGCGACCCUUCCUUGUUGAUGUUCGGCAUCGGUUCCGUUAAGAGGCAGUCGAUAGAGUCUGCCUCGGCGCGAGUAAGCGUUGCAGCCUUCGCAACCCUGUGCGCAACGGGUCGAAGUACGAACAAAGGUGUUUAUUUUCGGCCUGUUUUUUUGUUGCUGCUUUGGGUUUCCAGUAGAAGCGCAUGUUUCCCGCGUAUUUUCGUGUCCUUCGUUGUUUUGGUCGGCUGUGCCGAGCGGGUUGGACAGGAAAAUAAAAUAAAAAUAGAUGAAAGAAACUGCGAGACUAGCGUCGCGGAUGUAGAAGGUGUGCCUCUAAGAGGACCGGGGCAACCCGUCCGGUUUCCUCGCGGUUUUAUCUUUUGAUCGGAUACUUCUUGGUGUAGACUUUUUUCUUUCCCUUUUUAUAUCGAGAACCGAAACCGUAAUUGGUUUUCCCUUUGUUCUCUUUGAGAGGGGGCAGCGCUCCUUGCAUUUUUCGACAGAAAGACAUUUUUCGCCCUUUGUUUUUCAACGGCACGAAAUCGUGCUGCUUGAGGUGUGUGUCUCUUUUGGAUCUUGGGCAACUAGCUGGCUUUUGGCGAGUGAUGAAAGAUGUUCAAUUCCUCUUUUUCCAUGAAAGAAAGGAUGAGACAUACGAUGGUUGGUGGCAGUGCUGUCGUUGGCGUGGCCAAUUUGAGGCGGUGUGUGCUGAGGAGGAGGAGCGGUUUUGGUUACCCGUUGUGAAAAAGGAGCCGAAACGGUUGGUU